UUUCAAGUCUAUAUAUUGUAUGUGAUGAGUCCAGAAGGAAUCUGUGGAAGGGAUGGAUCAACUUGAGGCAGAGCUGGAAGCAGAGCUUGAGCGCUUGCAGCUUCAGCUGGAAACUGAAAGUUAUCCACAAAGCAAAAAGAUUACCGGCAACGAUAGCACUACAAAAAGAAGUGGUAGUUUGAGUUUGGGGGAAGUGGUCGACCUGGACGAUUCUAUGACUGAAGUCCAUGGUGGGGUUCCUCCAAUUGAGCUUGAGAGGAGACUACACGAGCUGUUGGAGUCACGACAGCAAGAGAGGAUCAAAGAGCUCGAAGCUUCCCUGAAAUGCAUCAAGUUAAAGCUGUCCGAGAAAGGGAGGGAGGCUAAGUGGUGGAAAGAUACUGCCCUACUUAUGUCCAGUCAUGUUCCGGAGCCUCCAGACCUCUCCCAGAAGCAAUUCAGGGAAAGCUGUAAAGUACGUGCUAUAAUAAUAGAUGAUGUAUUGGUGUGCAGUUUUCAGCUUUACCUGUGUCCUUGGUGUAAAGAGAGUUGAUGAGAACUUGAGAAC